AUGUCUGAACCGAAGAAACACGGAGUGCUUUUCGUUUGCUUAGGCAACAUUUGUCGAUCGCCGAUUGCUGAGGCCGUCUUUUUGGACAUCUUGAAAAAGAAGGGACUCGAGAAUAGGUUUGACGUUGACAGCGCCGCUGUUGCCGGAUAUCACACCGGAAAGCGCCCCGAGAAGCGGACCCUCGAGACAUUGAAGAAAUAUGGGCUCACCGAUUACGAGCACCGGGCACGAGAGGUUUCUACGGCCGAUUUCCGCAAAUAUGACGUGAUUUUCGGCAUGGACUCGAGUAACAUUAGGGACCUCAAGGAACUGCAGCGUCUGGCUGGAGAGAAAUCGAUCGCAAAGGUCGAGCUACUCUCGGAUUAUGACCCGGAGGGUACAAAGGAGGUCCCGGACCCGUACUACUACGAGGGCAACGCCAUGUUCGACCAAGUUUUUGCGCAAUGUGGGCGCUGCUGUGCCGCAUUUCUAGAAUCGACGCUCAAGCAU